AUGGAUAACGAGGAUGCUCAAGAGAUGUUGGAUGCGUUAUAUGAUUUGGAUCGUGUACUCGAGGAAAACAGACGACGCAGGGAGUAUGUGCGGAGGGAGCAUCUACCGUUUCUCGGUGGCAGAAUGCUUACGUUCGACGAGUAUUUUGAGGCGUUUGGUCUUCAGCACUUCACACACUAUACGAGGCUUCUGCCGGAGGAGUUUGAACGCCUACUUGAUAGAAUUGGCCCGGUGCUCAGUCAUCAUCUGACACAUGCUUCCCCAAUUAGCCCUCGCCACCGGCUUUUUAUUUUCCUGAGGUACGUCGGUCACGGCUACACAUUUUCAGCUCUAGCCGAAGAAGUCCACUGUGGCGUAUCAACGGUUCAGGGCAUUGUUUAUGAGGUGGCGAGUGCUAUAAAGAGUGUUUUGUAUCGCGAUGCAUUUCCUCCUAUCACCAGACAGCAAUUGGAAUAUGUUGCUGCUAAAACGGAGAGGAAGUAUGAUUAUCCAAGGGCUGUGGGCUUUAUGGACGGUAAACAUAUAAAUAUUAAGAAACCUGCCCACUCUGGAGGGUCUUAUUUCAACUACAAGGGCACCCAUUCCAUCAUUCUACUCGCCCUAGUGGAUUGCGACCACCGCAUCCUCGCCUUUGAUGUCGGGGCGCCAGGUCGCGUGGGGGAUGCAGGUGUUUAUAGGAGGUCGAACAUUAAGAGACUGAUCGACAACAACGAUCAUCUCUUCCCUCCCACGCGAGACCUGGGGAAUGUUGGCCCAGUGCAGUUCCACAUAUUGGUCGACUGUGGUUUUGCGCAAGGGCACCGCUUCGUACGACCAUACACACGUGCUAGGGCGGAUACGCCUAGCAAAAGAAGAUUCAAUGCGAAGCACAGCGGGUGA